GAUUUUGUCAAUCUUUUCACUCAAACCAAGUUUGAACGCAACGAAGUGGACAGAGAGUCAUACACUCCUCUCUACAGUCAAUUCGAGACAUUUUAUUACAGGAAUAUAUUGAGAAGAUUCUGUGAUAUGUGGACCUUUACCAUAGGCUCUGUUCCCGGGCCCACAGCACUCGUACUCGAGAGACAGUUUGAUGAGCAUAAUGUCAACUGGAGAUUUACUGGAAAUAAGUUAGAUAUGAUAAACUUGGGUUCGUAUAACUACCUUGGUUAUUCUGUAAAUGAGGGCCACAUCACUGAUUCAGUGCAACAAACUAUCAAAGAGUUAGGAGUCGGAGUCGGGAGUACACCAAACGAAGUCGGGAGACAAGAAAUACACCACAAAUUGGAGUCAUUAGUGGCACAGUAUUUAGGAGUUGAGGACAGUAUUGUAUACGGAAUGGGAUUCGCAACCAAUGCCUUCUCAAUUCCAGCACUUCUUGGAAAGGGUUGUCUCGUUAUAAGCGAUGAGCAAAAUCACGCCUCACUUAUACUGGGCUGUCGACUGUCCGGAGCUGUCACUAAAGUGUUCAAACAUAACAAUAUGGAAGACUUGGAGAGAAUCGUGAAGAAUGGCAUAAUUGAAGGACAGCCUAAAACACACAGAGAGUGGCGUAAAAUU